CCAAUGCCAUCUGGCAGUGUCAGCAGCAAAACACCAAUGAUCCUUUUAACUGUCUGUAAGGAUAGCAUAUUGAAGACAACUGUAAGGGCUGCUUUCUUCUCAUUGACCACCAAUGUAAGUGCCUUUCUUCCCACUGGCCUCCAAUGUAAGGAGCAUUUUUCCCACUGACGACCCAUGUAAAGGGCAUUCUUCCCACUGAUUUCCAAUGUAAGGGGCAUUCUUCCAACUGGCCUCCAAUUUAAGGGGCAUUCUUCCAAUUGGCCUCCAAUGUAAGGGGCAUUUUUCCCACUGACAACCCAAUGUAAGGGACAUUCUUCCCACUGACCACCAAUGUAAGGGACAUUCUUCCCACUGAUCACCAAUGUAUGGAACAUUCUUCCCACUGAUCACCAAUGUAAGGGACAUUC